AUGGCCGGGAACUAUAAUAACGUCAUGAAGAAGCCAUGGAAAGGGCAAAAGCCUCCUGCUCUCGAGUCAUUCCCUUCGAUGGAAUCCUCGGAUUCCGGACCUCCAGCGCUCGUUUCUUCUUCCAUGAGCUUCCGUCACUUACUUUCCCGCCCCCUGGUCGAAGCGCCUUGCGAUUCGUCGUAUCCGCCGUCCAUUUCCGCGAUUUCCGUUGCUCCCGUGAUUUCCCAUCGUCCAAUUAGCGUCCAUGUCUUUACGGAGGACGCGAGGGACUACGGCUCGCAUGCGCGACACGGGAUGUCGGCUGAUGGGGGCUGUGUCCGUGAGGCGCAUGCGACAUUUCAAUGCGACGGGGGAAGCGACGGAGCAAGCGACGUUUUCGCGUUCUCCGCACAACGGAAGUCCUCUCAACCGAUGAUUGACAUCAACCACCCGCCUUCUGCUCUCUAUGACUCGACGUCACAGUCACUGUGCAAUGCAUGCGGCAUUCGAUUCAACAAGAUCCGCAGUGGAAAGCGCAAGGCAUCCCCCCAGGAAGCAGCAAUGCUGCGAGAAUACGACUCCGCCGACCCGGCCUUCUCCAAGCCUCUGCCUCAAUCGCCGGUACACAAAGCGCGCUCCCGGCUUCCACGCCCACGUGCUGGUCUCAUCGUUUACGCGCCGUCGUCAUGCUGUGAAGGCCUUCCAUCUGCUGCCACCAGCAGCAACAGUGACUGCGGCAGCCCAGUAGGAGAAGGGCCAGAGGAGGGUGAAGUGUGCGAUGAGCCGAUGCAUGUUGGGAAGAAAGUUUGUCUGCGGCAUGAGGAGCAGCAGCUUGGGAAUAAAGUGGAUGAAGACGAUGUGGUGCUUGGAGCCGAGCUCCUCGUCUCACUGUUUGGCAGCUGCCCAGUGUAA